UGAAGUGCCGAAUCUCGUUGGAAAUCACAGGCCAUUCCCAGCAGCGACCAACUGAGAGUGAGAGUAAUAAAGCUGCAGACCUAUGUAUGUCUCUGCAAGUGUCUUGGAGAUGUUAAACAAUGCUGUGAAGACCUGCAGAGCGCUUAAGUCUGUCUACUCCUAUGUGUUACACUGAACUCCUGCCGAAUAGUUGCAGACUACAGUGUGCGUCAGAGGGCCCCCUGUGUGUGCAUCCAAAUAUACACCACGCAGGGCUAAAAGAACUGCAGAGCUGAGGGCUGAAGCCCAGGCCACAGCAUGGUCCAACUUUCUGCCUCAACCUGCUUGCUGGGAAACCUUUUGGGCCUACUACUGCUAAUGCCUGUUCUAAUGGCUCCGACGCCUCCUGGGUUGUGCACGGCCUUGAAGACACUCAGUAGCAAUCUCAGCCAUAGACGACGUUACACGAAGCAUAACUUCCCCAUCAACUACACCAUCAGGGUCCACAAUGAGGAAGUCUUCAAACUAUCCAACAUCAGCAGAUUGAAGUUAGAGGUUGAAGGGUUAGAGGAGCUAGUACUGCAGAGGUUGUGGUUCCAGGUCAACCAAGGUGUGCUGAAGAAGGUUCUCCGGGUGCUGCCAGAGAGACAUCCAUCCCGUCCAUACAUUGCUGAGCUAGAGAGCCGUUUCAGGGAUGCUGAGGGAGUUUUUGUACAUUCAUAUCCGACUGAGGCGUUGCAGGGGGAGCUCCCAGAUAGUAUUCAAGACAUUUGGGACAAGAUGACAGAGGAGCCUGACAGAGUGCCUGAGUCCAGCUGGCGAUUUGCCUCUCCCAAAUCACUCUUGGACAACUUCUGCCGCACCAUGCAUUGCCUCUUUAGUUAUUGCUUCCCAAGCAUGGACCCACAGCGGAACUACUGUGGUGUCUCCCAUUGGAAGAAAGGAAGGAAGAAAGAUUUGCAGCCAGAAAGCUGAGAAGACAUUGCUGUUGCUUUUCAAAUUCUCUACCCAGAAUCCUCAAGAUGCCCAAGACUAAUAAGACAAAGCGAGAGCAACCAGACAAUGAUUUUGUUACAUUGUGAAAGUUAAGCUUUCACCUGGCUUAUGCUGAAGCCAGAAUUCUUUUUUUCCCCCCAGAGGAGUUUUGCUCAAACAUCUAAGAAGCAGAACAGAGUAUAAUUCACAUGAACUGAAUUCAUUGGCUAAAAGGAAACUAUGAAAAAACGCAAUUUCAGUGGUGUUUUCCACACAUUGCUGCUUAUAUCCAGCCAAUGCUCAAACCAUGUUUAUGGUGGGCUCAAAGUAUAGCUUCAGAGGCCAGAAGUUUACUUUUUUUCCCCAUCCCACAUCCCUCUCUCUGUGUUUUGAACACAGAAUUGGUGGUGUAAGGGGGAGACUAAUGGAAUGGGGAACACAAUAAUGUGUGGUUCAGAGGUUUACAGCCAAACCAUAUUCUGUAGGUUUAGAUUAUCAGUUAAACAAAUGUAUUGUGUAAGUUUUGUCAUGUUGCACAUUUGUAUAAUUCCUACAACAGCUUGCAACAGUAACAGGAUAAUAACGACACAAUAGAAUGAGGCUGAAGUGCAUGAAUAUAAAACCACUUUUAAGAUAUUAG